AUGGGAGUGCUCAUGUCCAAAAAGCAACAGGUGGAGAAGGUUCAGAAGUGCAACGCUGUGGUCUCCGCCUUCCAGUCCGGCAUGAAAGACCGCCCGCUUGCAGCCAAACUAGCCGAGGCUCCAGAAGACAGCGACAAACCCGGACUCUCUCCUAACAGCCCGACAGAGGAGAGCAAGACCAACGAAAAGACGGAGAAGUCUGAAGCGGAGCUGACUGCGGCACCAUCCACGUCUCAGCAAUGCUCGCUUCCCGGUCGCGAAGAGUGCAAGGUGAACCAGGAGUCGUGGUCAAGGCUCCGGGACGGGAAGGGGGUGGAGCCUGAAGAUCUGGACAAAAGCCAUCAGCUGACACCGCCGGCGUUCGUGAGGCCCAAACGAGAAGCCGACGACGCUCAGCCGCUGGACAUCGAGCUGGGGAUUACAGAGCAGCCUCCCAGUGACGAGAUAUGUGACGUGUGCGAAGUGUGGACGGCCGAUGACCUGUACCCCUGCCGGAUCUGCACCAGGGUCUUCCACGACGGCUGCCUCCGCGAGCUGGGCUAUCUGAGCACUGAGGCCCUGCAGGAGAUGAGAGACACAGCCCACACGGUGACCGGCUGGAGCUGCUACUACUGCGAUAAUCUUAAUCUGCUGCUGACAGAGGAGGAGAUGUACAGCCUCAUGGAGACCUUCAAUCAGUGCAAGAUCAUCCCAGAGUCGUGCCUGGUGUCAGAUGAGCUGCUGCAGUAUCGUCACUUCGUCUCCAAGCAGCAGUUUGACAAAGACCUGACGGAUGAGCAGGAGGAGGAGGUCCUGGCUCAGUUCUCAGCUCUGGACCCUAACAAGAAGGGCCACAUUGAGUGGGCCGACUUCCUCUACUUUGAGUCCCUUGCCGUUCUGAGGAAACUGCGCACAGAGAACUCUUUGGUGCGUCUGCUGACAGGGAAAGAGCGGGACAAGGCACGCUCAGUUUUUAUGAGUCUGGACAAAGACGGAGUGAUCACUCGAGCCGAGUGCCGCCAGGCUCAGCAGUCCUGGUUCCAGAAGGGCACCGAGGACUCGCAAUCCUGCAACGUCAGAUUCAUGGCGAUCUGCACUCCUAUGUUCUGUGGUAUCAGUCACGUUGGACCCAUUUGUGAGAGCAGUCCAGCCAGCUCAGGCAGCGACAGGAGCAAGACAGACGACAACAGGCCUGUAACCUGGGCAGACUUCCUCAAGGACAGUGCCAUCUACAUCCUGGCCGCGCGCCCCAACAGCUCUGCCAUGCACAUCCGGAUGCCUCUAUAG